GAGCAGGGGUCCCCGAGCAGCCCCGCACCCCUGCCCCGCGCUCUCCGUCGGCCCCGGGAGCGCCUCCGCGGCCCGGGGAGGGGACGUUUCCUAAUCUCCGGCCGGGGUUAAAGUUCUGGUCCUGGUGAGAUGCUGGAACCUGCGGCCGCGGCCGCAGCCCGUCCCGGAGGUGUCCUGUCGCCCGUCGCCGCCGCCCGCACCGCCGCCUCUGCCGCCCUUCCGGGGCCAUGUUCGCACCGGGCUUGCCCUUCUUGGUGCUCCUGGUGGCCUCGGUCGAGAGCCACAUGGGGGUCCUGGGGCCCAAGAACGUCUCGCAGAAAGACGCCGAGUUCGAGCACAUCUACGUGGAUGAGGUCAACAGCGAGCUGGUCAACAUCUACACCUUCAACCACACUGUGACCCGCAACCGGACGGAAGGUGUGCGUGUGUCUGUGAACGUCCUGAACAAGCAGAAGGGAGCGCCUUUGCUGUUUGUGGUCCGCCAGAAGGAGGCUGUGGUGUCCUUCCAGGUGCCCCUAAUCCUGCGAGGGCUGUUUCAGCGCAAGUACCUGUACCAGAAAGUGGAGCGGACGCUGUGUCAGCCCCCCACCAAGAAUGAGUCUGAAGUCCAGUUCUUCUAUGUGGACGUGUCCACACUGUCACCAGUCAAUACCACAUAUCAGCUCCGGGUCAGCCGGAUAGAUGACUUUGUGCUCAGGACUGGGGAGCAGUUCAGCUUCAAUACCACUGCAGCCCAGCCCCAGUACUUCAAGUAUGAGUUCCCUGAGGGAGUGGAUUCAGUGAUUGUCAAGGUGACCUCCUACAAGGCCUUUCCCUGCUCCGUCAUCUCCAUCCAGGAUGUUCUGUGCCCUGUCUACGACCUGGACAACAACGUAGCCUUCAUCGGCAUGUACCAGACUAUGACCAAGAAGGCAGCCAUCACUGUGCAGCGCAAAGACUUCCCCAGCAACAGCUUCUAUGUGGUGGUGGUAGUGAAGACUGAAGACCAGGCCUGUGGGGGUUCCUUGCCCUUCUACCCCUUCGUAGAAGAUGAACCGGUUGAUCAAGGACAUCGCCAGAAAACCCUGUCGGUGCUGGUGUCCAGAGCAGUCACGUCCGAGGCCUACGUUGGUGGGAUGCUCUUUUGCCUGGGGAUAUUUCUCUCGUUCUACCUGUUGACCGUCCUCCUGGCCUGUUGGGAGAACUGGAGGCAGAGGAAGAAGACCCUUCUGCUGGCCAUAGACCGAGCCUGCCCUGAGACGGCUUCUCUCCUUGGUCACCCUCGGGUCCUGGCAGGUUCCUUUCCUGGCAGCUCGUCAUAUGAGGGUUACAACUAUGGCUCCUUGGAGAACGGCUCCAGCUCCACUGAUGCUUUGGUGGACAGCACCGGUACCGAGGACCUGUCCUACAGUUACCAGGGGCACGACCAGUUCAAGCGGCGCCUCCCCUCUGGCCAGAUGCGGCAGCUGUGCAUUGCCAUGGACCGCCCCUUUGAGCCAGUGGGCACUCGGCCACGGCUGGACUCAAUGAGCUCUGUGGAAGAGGAUGACUACGACACACUGACAGAUAUCGAGUCGGACAAGAAUGUCAUUCGCACCAAGCAAUACCUCUGUGUGGCUGACCUGGCACGAAAGGACAAGCGUGUUCUGCGGAAAAAGUACCAGAUCUACUUUUGGAACAUCGCCACCAUUGCUGUGUUCUAUGCCCUCCCAGUGGUGCAGCUGGUGAUCACCUACCAGACGGUGGUGAAUGUCACAGGGAAUCAGGACAUCUGCUACUACAACUUCCUCUGCGCCCACCCACUGGGCAACCUCAGCGCCUUCAACAACAUCCUCAGCAACCUGGGCUAUAUCCUGCUGGGGCUGCUCUUCCUGCUCAUCAUUCUGCAGCGGGAGAUCAACCACAACCGGGCCCUGCUGCGCAAUGACCUCUAUGCCGUGGAAUGUGGGAUUCCCAAACACUUUGGUCUGUUCUAUGCCAUGGGCACAGCGCUGAUGAUGGAGGGGCUGCUCAGUGCUUGCUAUCAUGUCUGCCCCAACUAUACCAACUUCCAGUUCGACACGUCAUUCAUGUACAUGAUUGCUGGACUCUGCAUGCUGAAGCUAUACCAGAAGCGGCACCCAGACAUCAAUGCCAGCGCCUACAGCGCCUACGCCUGCCUGGCCAUUGUCAUCUUCUUCUCCGUGCUGGGCGUGGUCUUUGGCAAAGGGAACACAGCGUUUUGGAUCAUCUUCUCCGUCAUUCACAUCAUCGCCACCCUGCUCCUCAGCACGCAACUCUAUUACAUGGGCCGCUGGAAGCUGGACUGGGGCAUCUUCCGCCGUAUCCUCCAUGUGCUCUACACGGACUGCAUCCGGCAGUGCAGUGGACCCCUCUACGUGGACCGCAUGGUGCUGCUGGUUAUGGGCAACAUUAUCAACUGGUCUCUGGCUGCCUAUGGGCUCAUCAUGCGCCCCAAUGAUUUUGCCUCCUACUUGUUGGCCAUUGGCAUCUGCAACCUGCUUCUUUACUUUGCCUUUUACAUUAUCAUGAAGCUGCGUAGCGGGGAGCGGAUCAAGCUCAUCCCCCUGCUCUGCAUCAUCUGUACCUCUGUGGUCUGGGGCUUUGCGCUCUUCUUCUUCUUCCAGGGCCUCAGCACCUGGCAGAAAACGCCAGCAGAGUCCCGGGAACACAAUCGCGACUGCAUCCUCCUCGACUUCUUUGAUGACCACGACAUCUGGCACUUCCUGUCCUCCAUCGCCAUGUUUGGGUCCUUCCUGGUAUUGCUGACGCUGGACGACGACCUGGAUACUGUGCAGCGGGACAAGAUCUAUGUCUUUUAGCAGGAACUGGGCCCCUUGCUUCACCUCACGGGGCCCUGAGCUGCUCCUUGUCACCUGCCAGGCCACCUCUGUGGUACUGGGGCUGUGAGCACUGGCCCUGCCACCCAGCACGGGAUGGCCGUGGGACAAUGCAGUCUAGCCCAGGCCAGACUCGGUACAGUCCUGGGGUGGCAUUGGGCCUCGAAGCUGCCCUCCGCCAGGGAGGAGGCCUGCUCCCCUGAUUCCCCAGAAAUUGGCCAAAUUGCUGCUUUCUUCUCAGUGUUGGGGCCCUCUGUAGGCUGCCGUCCAUCCGUUGGCUCUCCGUUUGUCCCUCUGAAGGAGGAAGGAGGGAGGGUGAUGCCCGCGUGUUUCAUGCCUCGCAUUCUACCCAUCUUCCUCCUCCUCCUCCUCCUCCUCCUCCUCCUCGGCCUGGGACCUGGGGCCCUUUUUUCCUAUGCUUCUGCCCCAGAACCCUGGUUUGGGUUCUGAUCUGUGUCCUGCCACAGAGUCCCGUUCUCUGGGGCUGUACCUCGCUGCCAUUACUGCCCACUUUGGUCAGCCAGGAUGGAUAUAGGUGUGGGACUUGGGGGGCUGGCCAGCUGGUGCCAGGCUUUCGGUGCUAAGGCCUACAAGAGGCCCACGGCAGGUUCCUACCCCUCAGCCUGUGCUUGGGUUGGCUCUUUAGCGGUGGCGUUGAGCUCCAUUUGGGAGCCACGUCUCACUGAAGGGCUGAAUUUGGAGGUCGUCUCUUCAUCUCAAGCCUCCCAGACUGAUGUCAGCACCAGGAUUGGAGGGAGACACAGUUCAUCGGUCCCGUUCUGAGUCCUCAGUCCUGCCAAGCCCCAGGUGGGGCCUUUCAGUGCCAUUGACACUGCCCAAGAAUGUCCAGGGUGGGUGAGGGUUGUGCAGAGUCCAGCGCACCCUGCCUCCCCCACAGCUGCAGGAGCCCCAGUGCCUAUCUUAGAAAGGGGCUUCAGGAAGGGAUGUGCUGUUUCCCUGUGUCCCCAGCCCCAGUCUCUUGAGACCCAGGGCUGGCUGGCUUCUUGAGUCCAUCCAGCCUUCAGCCAAGUUUUGUCAGGUGCACAUGUGCGUGUGCAAACACACACACACACCUUGGAGUUUACAUGGAGUUGCCCCAGCUCUGGGCCCUCUGGCUGCUCUGGUCCUUGGUUCCCUUCAGCCCACCUGGUCCAUUCCAGAUGCCAAGGAUGGGGUGAGCAGGUUGGGUCUCGCCUUGGGCUGGGAAUGUGGUUUACUUUUCCCAACAUGUUUUUAUAGCUCUCCUUGGGCUGGGACAGGAAGUUGGUCUGGGUCUUCGUUUCAGAGCUCGGAUCUGUCCAUGCUAUGAUUGUGUUUCUGUUUUCUAUGAAUGAGUGCAUUCAAUAAAGACAACCAAAUGCG